UCUCAAAGCCAGCGGCCGCACUGCAACAGGAAAUGAGAAGCUCGGCUCAGAAUGAAGGGAAGUGAGGAACAACGAUGUUAAAGGUGAGAUGAUUACAUGUGAGUACUUAUUGUGCACGGAGCUAAGGGGAGUUGAACUACACUCCAUUGCCGCAUGUCGAGCCCGACGCCAGCGAGUCUGGCCGUCUCGUCCAAGGGUCAGUGACGCGUUACUUGUUGCCAUUCUGAUCAGUUAAUGCUCCUUGGACAUUCUUUCCAGAGCGCAUUGAAGAACAUUCUCAUACUUGGCAGAUAUUCUGGUAUAUUGCCACUACCGCCUGUUCGUGCGUACGGUAUUCAUACUAACAUGGGUCGAUUGAUCAGCGAGCACGAUAGAUUCGAUGCACUUACCGUGCCUUUUCUCCAGCAACAUGAGUGCGAUAUCUCAUCCUUCGUAGCCAAGAGAUCAUGCAGUGUCGCGAUUCAGGAUGUACUCGGGGGGACGCAGAUACUUAGGGGAUUUGAGAUCUUGAGAGCUUGAGGCAAAGUUCAUUCC